AUGCGAUUUUCUACUCUUCAAUCUCUUGGUGAGCACUUUGAUACGCUGAUGGACACUUUCCAAUCGCAAUUGAUACGGACUGCCAUUCAGUCUCUGGCCUCUAUUUAUCCCACUUUUGCUUCUCAAAUUGAAUCUGCAGCAAGCAGUCUUUCUGCUGAACAAUUACUUGAACUCCAGUCUUUGCUGGUUAAUGUUCAACUCAGAGCUCAAUCUACCAGUUCUGGCGAGCAGCCUAGUCUGUUGAUACAGCACCAAGAUGGACUAGCUGCUCCAACUAUUGACACACAUUUUUCCAACCAAUCUAACUUUCAGUACCAGUCAACUCAUCCACAAUGCACUAUCCAGCAUUUACUACACUCCCAACCACAUUUACCCCUUUCAUCUUUGACAUCCACUCUGCCAAAUACCACUCAUGUCAAUGAAGAUCCACUCGCCGAGCUAUUCACUCAGAAGAGCCAAGCGUACGACUCGUUUAAUAGUUGCAAACCAAUUCCCACAAGCUUAGUAAAUGCUCCAAAACCCUGCUAUGACAAUGGAGUGAAUCAUAGUCCAUUCCAAGAAGCACUGUUUCUUGCAACUCAGCCCGAGUCCACAAUACUGCCAUAUACAUCCCCAAAUCUUGCAAGUGAUCAAGCGCCGGUACAUCCACUUUCUUUUGACAAUUAUCAGCCCUGUAUCAAUGACAAAACCACUCAUUUGCAUCCUGAUGAUCAUCUCGACUCGAGUGAUUUGGGCGACCUUGACGAUCUUGAAAAUGAAACGUGCGAACCUCCUGCUUUGCGUCAAAGUUAUACCAAUGGUCAGAAGCUGAAACUAAUUCAAGAUGUAGAAAUUGUUGGUGUAAAGGAAGCCAUUCGUCUUGCUGGACUGGACGUUCAUCCUUCUAUGGUGUAUCGUUGGAUGCGUACCAAAAACAAACUUGAGCAGCAUCGCAGCACUGCCAGGAAAUCUGGAUCUGGACGGCGUCCUGCACUUUCUCUUGAAUAUGAACAGGCAAUUGUAGCUUGGAUUCAGGAACAGCAAUCUCAUAAAUUUGAAAUCACCUUUUCAACUGUGCGAAAGUAUGCUAGAUCGCUCAUGCCUCCUGGAACAGGAAUGAAACUCUCAACUGGAUGGUUUAUGGGUUUUUGUAGGCGUAAUAAUAUUGGACAACUAUGCGAAUCGUCAUCUUAGUCUUUUGCAUUUUUCAGUACAUGUAGAUUAAAUUUAAUAUUUCACU